AUGACCGACGCCAUCAAGGCUACCUUUGCCGCAAAGGCGCUCAAGGACGAGGCCGUAUUUGUCGCCUUCAUCACCGCCGGCUACCCGACCAAGCAGGACACCGUCGAGGUCAUGCUCGCUCUCGAGCAGGGCGGCGCAGACGUCAUUGAGCUCGGCGUCCCCUUCUCGGACCCGCAGGCAGACGGACCCGCCAUCCAGCAGAGCAACCAGGUCGCCCUCGAGCAGGGCGUCGGCUACGUCCAGUGCCUCGACUACGUCAAGCAGGCCCGCGCCCGCGGCCUCAAGGCCCCCGUCCUGCUGAUGGGCUACUACAACCCCACGCUCGCCUACGGAGAGGAAAAGGCGGUGCACGACGCCAGGCUCGCCGGCGCCAACGGCUUCAUCAUGGUCGACCUCCCACCAGAGGAGGCCGCCGACUUCCGCGGCUACUGCACAAAGGAGGGCAUGUCGUUUGUCCCGCUCAUCGCGCCUUCGACGUCGGUCGGCCGCAUCCGCCACCUCGCCUCGCUCGCCGACUCGUUCAUCUACGUCGUCUCCAAGAUGGGCACCACGGGCGCAUCGACCACCGUCUCGAGCUCGCUUCCGGACCUCCUCAACCGCAUCCGUUCCAUCACCAGCAUCCCUCUCGCCGUCGGCUUCGGCGUCUCGACGCGCGACCACUUUAUCGAGGUCGGCGAGCACGCAGACGGCGUCGUGAUCGGCAGCAAGCUCGUCGCCAAGCUCAAGGAGGCCGGCGCCACUACCGAGGCCCGCGUCGAGGCCGCAAGGUCCUACUGCGAGGAGAUCACCGGCAAAAAGGAGGGCGGCAUCCGCCGCAAGCAGCCGCUCAACAUCAAGGACGCCAUCAACCAGCCCGACUCGAUCCCCGUCCCCAAGGUCGACGCCGUCGUCAACGGCGACAAGGCGCCCGUGCCCGGGUUGGACCCCAUCGUCGAUGCCAACGGCAACGUCCGCCCGCCGCGCUUUGGCAAGUUCGGCGGCCAGUACAUCCCCGAGGCCCUCUACGACUGCCACGUUGAGCUGGAAAAGGCCUACAUGCACGCCCUCAGCGACCCGACCUUCUGGGCCGAGUUUGAGAGCUACUACGAGUACAUCGGGCGCCCCAGCGAGCUCUACCCGGCCGACCGCUUCACCGAGGCGGCGGGCGGCGCCAAGAUCUGGUUCAAGCGCGAGGACCUCAACCACACGGGCUCGCACAAGAUCAACAACGCCAUCGGUCAGGUGCUGCUGGCGCGGCGGUUGGGCAAGACGAGGAUCAUUGCCGAGACGGGAGCCGGCCAGCACGGCGUGGCGACGGCGACGGCAUGCGCCAAGUUUGGCCUCGAGUGCGUCGUCUACAUGGGCGCCGAAGACGUGCGGAGGCAGUCGCUCAACGCGUUCCGCAUCAAGAUGCUCGGCGCCAAGGUUGUCGCCGUCGAGAGCGGCAGCAAGACGCUCAAGGACGCCGUCAACGAGGCCAACCGCGACUGGGUCACCAACCUCGCCACGACCCACUACAUUAUCGGCUCGGCCAUCGGACCGCACCCCUUCCCCUCGAUUGUGCGCGACUUCCAGUCCAUCAUUGGCAAAGAGGUGCGCAAGCAGCUCAUGGAGCGCCGCGGCAAGCUGCCGGACGCCAUUGUGGCGUGCGUCGGCGGCGGCUCCAAUGCCAUCGGCAUCUUCCACCCCUUUGUCAACGACCCGAGCGUCAGGCUGAUUGGCGUCGAGGCCGGAGGCGACGGCAUCGACACUGACCGCCACUCUGCGACGCUGUCCAAGGGCACGCCCGGCGUGCUGCACGGCGUGCGCACCUACCUGCUGCAGGACCAGUUUGGCCAGAUUACCGAGACGCACUCGAUCAGCGCCGGCCUCGACUACCCGGGCGUCGGGCCGGAGCACGCGUUUCUCAAGGACUCGGGCCGCGCCGAGUACAUUGCCGCCACCGACGAGGAGGCGCUGCGCGGCUUCAAGAUGUGCACCCAGCUCGAGGGCAUCAUCCCGGCGCUCGAGACGUCGCACGCGCUGUGGGCCGCCUUCCACCUGGCCAAGACGAUGCGUCCGGACCAGGACAUUGUCGUCAGCCUGAGCGGCCGCGGCGACAAGGACGUCGAGCAGAUUGCCAACGCCAUCGCCCACGGCGGCUGGGGCGAGAAGCUGGGCUGGAACAUUGCCUGA